AUGCUCUCCCCCGGCCCUUCCACGGCACCUUCGGGCCUUUCCAAACCCUCUUCCCCAACCAUAUCUUCACCAAUUCAGGCAACUCUCAAUCCACAAACCUCUCCUCUUCCUCUUAGUCCUCCUUCUACCUUGACUUCUACUCCAACCUUCCCAUUGGUUGAUAUCUCUGACAACCCAUCUCCUGACCCUGCCUCCCAUCCGCUUCCAACUUCACCCCCAAUCUCAUGUGUACAACAUUCCUCACCUCAACUUGACUCCAAACCAUCCCCACCUCCCCCCCAGAAACUCAUGCCUCCUCAGGUCCCAAAGCCACCCCUCCCAGCACAACUCCCCUCGGCUCUUUCUAAGAGCUCCUCCUCAGCCAUGCCUAGACCACCUCCACCUCCUGCCGUUAGACCCUCAUCUCCACCUCAACCCAGACCACCACCACCAAUAGUCCCAAAACCACCAGUCCCCACAUCUCCAGUGAGCAAGCUCCAUAAACCUAUUCCUCCUGCUAUCAGCAUCCUGGAGAAACUGAUUAAGACAUGUCCAGUGUGGCUUCAACUGGGAAUGAAGCAGGACAGAGCCAUGCAUAUACUGAGCAAGGAGUUUCCUGGGAUCUUUUUAGUCAGGAGGGAUGCAAGUCAAAAAACGAUGGUACUUGCAGUAUGCCUUCCUGACCAGCUGGGGGAGCCGCAUGUCAAAGAACUGCCUAUAAAGGAAGAAAAGUCCUUGCUGUACCUUGAAGGGUCUGUGCUGGUGUUUGAGAAUAUUUUUAAACUUAUUGCUUUCUACUGUGUUAGCCGGGACAUCCUCCCUUUUCCUCUGAAGUUACCUCAGGUCAUUCAAAAGGUAGCAAAAUACGAGGACAUGGAGGUAAUCUCUUCACUAGGCUCAGAGUUCUGGAACUCAGCUCUGAAUUGUCAUGAGGAAGUGGAAAACGUUGCUGGUAGCUGUGGUGCAUUGGAUAAGCAGGGACAAAGCAGCUCCUGUGAAAUUCAGCUUUCCAUUGGCAGUGACCGGCUUUGGCAUGUCAACCCAAUUUUCAUUGAAGAAUGCAGCAACAGCUUAGCACCCACCUCUUCUACCCCUGUUUUGAGAACCCAUAGUCUCAACACACCAGUCCAGGCUCCGCCCAAAUAUAAAAGGCCACCCCCACUACGUCCUCGUCCACCCAGUGCACCUGAGUGUUCUCAACACUAUGCAUUAGCCACACCUUCAAAAGGGGAGUUCAAGGCAGUUCUCAGUUCUCCACCCCCUUCAGGCCAGAAAGGGGAAGGAAGUGACUGUGAGCAUGCAGACAGAGAACAAGAGAGACAGCGAACUCCUGCCCUAAGCACUGAGUGUGAAAAACCCACUGUCUUACAGCCAGCUCAGGGCAAAGAAGGAAAACGGCUUUCUAAUACGGCUUCACAUCAAGUUCCUCCAAUACCAAUCCGAAGGAGUCUAUCUGAAAAACAAGCUUCAGAGGAACCAACGCAGCAGCAAGUCCACCGCAGCACCUCCACAGAAGCAGAGGGCAAUAUUCUGCAAGUCCCUGUAGCAUCCAUCAUUUGCCUAGAUGACAGUAUGGAAGAAAGGGACAAGCCUAUGGACUCAGAGACUCCGCAAGUUCAGGAAGUGCUAGUGGAAGAAUCUAAGGUAGCAAAUGGAGCUUCAGUGGUGACUCGAGAGGUAGUACCUCAACCGAAGAAGACUAAUGUUCCAGUUGCGCCUCCCAGGAAGAAAAGAUUCUCUCAGAAUCUGACCGGACAUGUCUCCCAAAGCUUUGUAAACUCACUUAGACCAAUCCCACAGGAGUCCGUUCUUCCUUUAAACUCAAGCAGCCCCAGUCCCAUCCGCCACUCGCUCUGCAUCAAUGCUGGUCAUCCCAAAGUCUCGGAUGUUUCACUGUACUCUCCUGAUGGUGGAGCACCACCAGACCAUGACUCCUACUCAACCAGCAGCACAGAGGAGGAGAUAGAUACCAAUGUGGCGACAGGUAUUGUCAUCAAGAGGACCCCAACAAUUAUGUUAGACCGUGCCAAGCAACGACUUUCAAUGGUGUCUAUGGCAAACCUCUCCAAUGUCCUCACAGGCUUCAUGAACGCUGACCGUAAGUUGCAGAAGCGCAUUGUUGAACUUUCCCGGGAUGGAAACACAUACUUUGGGAACCUUGUUAAGGAUUAUCGAGCUUUCACUUUGGACACCAUGCGGAAACACACCUCCAGCACAGAGAUGCUCCAAGAGAUCAGGCAGAUGAUAACCCAACUGAAAAGCUAUCUGAUCCAGAGUGCAGAGCUGCAAAAUCUACAGGAAGCAGCUGGUUAUUCCGAUGAGAAACUGGAGAUCAUUACUGAAGCAGCACUUUCCAAAAGUGUCCUGAAACCCUUACGAGAUGCAGUGUAUAACGGACUGAAGGAUAUCCACUCCCGUACAGGAAAUUUGAAGAAACUAAAAGAAAACCAGCAAGUGGUCCAGGGGACGACCACCACAGACCUGGGGGUCAACACCAGUGUUCCUGAAAUGGCCGUUAUGGACAAAAUUCAAACAAAGCUUGGUAACAUGCACCAAGAAUAUUUGCCUCAGAAGAAGAUCGACUUGCUCCUCAAGACCUGCAAAAUCAUCUAUGAUUCCAUGUCUGUGGGCUGUCCAGGAAAGGCUUACGGGGCUGAUGACUUCUUGCCUGUGCUGAUGUAUGUUUUGGCACGCUGUAACAUCAGCGCACUGCUGCUGGAUGUGGAGUACAUGAUGGAGCUAAUGGAUCCGGCACUGCAGCUCGGAGAGGGUUCGUAUUAUCUUACCACCACUUAUGGAGCUCUGGAGCAUAUAAAAAAUUUUGAUAAACAAGCUGUGACCAGACAGCUGAGUUUAGAGGUCCAAGACUCCAUCCACCGCUGGGAGCGCCGCCGCACCUUAAACAAAGCCAGAGCUUCACGCUCCUCUCUACAGGACUUCAUUAACGUGUCCUUCCUGGAGGCUGGAUCCAACACCAAGACCUUGGGAUUGCGUCCCAACACUACCGCUCAGGACCUGUGCAAUCAGUGUGCGGAGAAGUUUGAGGUGUUGGAUCCUGAGUCUUAUUGCCUUAUCAUGCUUGUGGAUGGCCAUUACAUGCCUUUGGCUCCUGAGGAGUAUCCUCUCACGAUCAAGUCCACUUUGCACCACAGUGAGCCACGUAAGGAAUAUUAUUUUGUCUACCGCCUCGGUCGCUGGCCUGAACAAGAGUCUGUGGACCAGACACCAUCAACAGCAGCACCUGAAGAGAGUAUGAUAUGAACUUUUGUAUGUGUGUGUGCCAGUUAUAGUUAUACAGUUAUAGUAAAAUCCCCACAUCAGCACUGCUCAGAGUGCAUUUGGUCUGACUCUAAAUAGUGUCAAAGUAACUCUGAAGCAGAGUUCAAGUUGAUGAGUUAAUUUAGUGAUUAAUUAAGUGCUGAUUGAGCAUUAAUGAUGAACACUUGCUGUAAACAAGCAGAAUCACUGAAGAAAAGAGAAACAUGAACUAUUAGGGAUGGGCGAAUCAAUCCUGAAGUAUCGAUACUCAAAUAAAAAAUAUCGAUACUAAGGUGUUUUUAUUAAACAAAACACAAUGCCUACAAUAUCCUUUAAAUUGGACAAAAAACCCAUGUUAGCAAAACUAUUUUGGAAGGGAUUUUCCUGCUCAUCUGAACACACGCAAAUGUUGCAAGUCAGAAUCAAUCAAUUACAGAGAGCGUUCACUCACUUCUGACAGUGCAUUUAAAUAGAGCUGCAUUUAUUUAAAUUUGAAAGUUAAAGUUCAUAUUGCUCAUGUUCAAUUGUCUAUUGUUAAUAUAAAUCAUACACUCUUCGAAUUAAAAGGUUGCAACAGCAGUUGCAACAUGCAACAGCUUAUUACUGGCAGUCCCUUAUGAAACAUUGAACAUAAAGUGAACAUAGUUUAACUAUAGUAUUUGUAGAUAUCCUUGGUUAACACUACAGUAAUCACAUUUUAACCAUAUGUAAACAAAAAUAUAACCUAAUAAGUUGCAAUUAAGGCAUAUUGAAUGUUAAAAUGCAUUUCAAAUAUAAAGUUAAAUAGAUAUCAUUACCCAUUGUACUCAUAAUAAUCAAAUACAUUUCUAAUCUAAACAUUCAGUUUAGAAGCAUCGUAUUGUUAUCAAUAUCGAUGAUACUGGCCAUUAAAUGUAUUGAUAUCGUAUCGAAAACAAAAUAUGUGGUAUAGCCCAUCCGUAAGAACUACUACUGACUUCAGCCACAACCUUAGAUGAAAUCAUCUAAAAUAAAAGACAUUACACACUUCUAAAUAUUAAUUCCACAAACAAUAUCACCAUCUUCUCUCGUUUCUAACCAGUUUUACCAUAUUUCUGACAGACAUCUGCAGAAGAUCUUUUUGAGAAUUAACAGAGGUUCAAAUGUUUGUUUUAUUGGUCAAAAAAUAUACCACCAUCAUGGAGAUCAGUGUUUGCUGUAGUUGGACACUUAACCUUUUUAGAAUUUCUAAAUUAUUCGCUUCUAAGCAGUUAUAAUAGUGUUUCGCUGAAAGCACUUGCAUGUUAUUGAAUCAAAAGUUUCAAUUAGCCUACACUUUCUGCUUAUAAGGCAUCUGAAUAAUCACCACAAAGUGGUUUCUCUUUCUCUUUGGGUGAUUGACUGAGAUUCAUUGACUACUAAACAUAGAAAAAACGUGUUGUUAAACAUGUUGCACUGUAAUGCAUCAAAGAUAAAGAGCUUCAGUUCAGGCUUUUAGACAUGAAUACUUAUCAUUCAAUCCCCAAGAGUGGUGACAAUAAUUAUUUAUACUGCAGAGCAUGAUGGGAGUUUUGUACUAUGGUGAUACCCUCCAUGCAAUGGACUGUGAAGCGUUUUGUUGAUUGUCACCAAUUUUGAGACACAUAUGCUGAUCCUUGAUGUCUGUGUGUGUCUAUAAAAUACAGUAGUUCAAAAAACUUUAUGCACAACGUGGCUUUAAAAUCAUUCAUGAUAACUGUUUAUUGCAACAUGUUCUCAUAGUGUUGUUUCAAAGGGUUAGUUGCGCUAAACAUAAAUGAAAAACAAAUAUAUGGUAAGCUACUUUGGAUGUAAUCAGGUCAGUUUCUCGAGGAGUAUCUCAUCAAAUAGAAGCAGCUACUAUGUACUCAAUGUAAAGCAUUGACCUCACUGUUUUAAAACAUCAUAUGCAUUGUUGCAGAGAAAAAUCUAAUACAGAAAGUCAAGGGUCAUGAGCCCAACUAAAUCAAACACUGAUCCCCAUGAGGGUGUCAUCGUUUUUUAACCAAUAAAACAACAACAUUUAUAUAUCUGAUAAUUCUCAAUAAGAGCUUCUCUAGAUGUCUGACAGAUAUAAAAUCAGUCUGGUUAGUAAUGUGUGAAGCUACUGAUGCUGUUUGUUGAGUUGUUUAAUGCUCAGUUUCCCACUUAUGAAGUCAUGAUUAAGAGCUUGUUGUAUUCAAGUGCUUUAAAGGUGGAAAGAAUAAAAUGUAGCAUCCCAUUGGUUAACUAUCACAAUCAUUCACUGUGCUACACAUGCAGUUUGCUGACAAUUCUGGAAUUUCGGUCAAAUACAUGCUUAUUUCACUGCUAUACAAUAUGCUUCAAAUGAUCUUUCAUAUCUAGACGAUAAAUACACUACUUGAGCGACAAGACAAAGGGUGUAGUGUAGUUGUUGAUGAGAACAGCACUGACAGCAGCAAUGGUUGUCCCCUCCACCAUGUUUAAAGAUUAUGACCCGCCCAACUCUGAAACUCCGGUAUAAAAUUAUUUUCAAAUUUCCCAGUAGUAAAUACGACUUGAGAGGCAUUCAAGUCUAAUUUAUGAUUAGUAAAUCGUAUUUACGCUAAUUCCGACACCAUGUAAACCACCUCUGCUGAGAUCUUAAGAAAUUUAAUGUCUUUUAUUUCAGUUGAUUUCAUCUGCAGCUGUGGCUCAAGUCAGUUCUUGUGUUUCUCUUUUCUUCAGUGAUUCUGCUUGUUAACAGCAGGUGUUCAUCAUUAAUGUUCGAUCAGCACUUAAUCACUUAAUUAUCUCAUUAACUUUAACUCUGCUUAAGUGUUAUUUUAGAACUAUUUUGUCCAUGUCCACACGUACACAGGUAUUUUUAUACACAGUGUUUUUCCUUCUUCUAUUUAAAAAAAUAAUAAUUCUGUCCACAUGAAAACUCAAAAGCAUGCUAUGAAAAACUGUCAAGAGCAUGCCAAGCCAACAGGUGGUGAUAUAAUCUCAACCGUAAAGCCAGUCAGAAGCCUGAAAAACUUCCAGUAGGCAGGUAUAACAGUGGCUUAUAAAGCUGGCUGGCAUUUGCUUUAAAACGUGCUGGAAAGGACCAGGACUGGAAUUUUGAAUCUGAAUAUUUUUCUCCUAAAAAAGCCUGACAUGAGGAGCCUGCAUUAUUGAAAAUAAAUAAAUGAAAAAAAAAAAGAAUAUCUGCACACACACAACAGAUACAUCCUUCACCUUAGUAAGCCUCUAUUUGUUCCCAAGCGCUAUACAGACCUUGAAAGUUUCAUGAUUUACAGAUGAAACUUUAUCUUUCCAACAAUGCAAAUCUUUUCACAUCUCAGGGCUCAGCAAACUGUGACUCAUACCCCUGUUCCGGUGCUUAUUUCUUCAUUUAUAAGUUUCUUAAAGCAAUGCAUAUUUACAGACCUUAAUUGGUUAUGCACCUGCAUUGCUCUCACAUCAUAUAUGGCCAUACAGAUAUGCUCGCUGUGUUGUAUUUUAUGAAUUUUUUAGUUUACUGUUGUUGUUUUUUAUAUCACAACAUAUACAAUAGUUUAGGCAUAAGCUCUGGUUUUGAGGCAAAUUAUUUUAAGCAGCAUGAAUGCAUAUGUAUCACACAAUGACUGUUUCAGUGAGCACAGCACUUGUCAAACCAAAGAUUGGUGUUUUUAUAUUAAAAAUGUAUACUGCUAAUAAAUACUUUUAUAUC